GUAAGUGCCUACACACCUUCAGUGCUUGGCCCCUAAUAAUGUCCUGAAUGACCUUCCGAUAAAGAAUUCAGAAUAGGAUUACAAUUUAAAAUGUUGGCGUCUGCAGCGAACUGUCUGCAUGUGCAUUCCCAUUAAGUCUAAUCUGAGUAACUCCACCCUUCCUGUCUGCUCCACUGCGGCGGUUUUCAGCUUUCGGGAAGAGCAGGAGGAUCCGCGACUCAAUUCUGCGCUCAUACUGCUUUUGCAGCUGCUUGGGCAGCGGGGGGAGGCGCAGCUGUUCAUAGAACAGCCAGGCCGAGGAGUCAGUCACAUUCUUGGCUGGGAUUCAAUGACUCAACCAGACACAAACAAACACAGAGAGAGAGAGAGAGAGAGAGAGAGAGAGAGAGAGAGAGAGAGAGAGUUGAACUGUGCACCAAACGUUUUUAUACCAGGUACUUAGUGCCGUCCUGUUUUUCCAUUGGAAUAAGAUUUCGUUGUCGAAGUGAAUGGUUUUUUUGGUCCCGGUUUCAGUACGCGGUGGGGCUACUUAUUGUUUUAAUAUGAAGCAGUCGCUGGAAAGGGAAAAAUUAACCGACUCCGUGGCGCUUUUAGCUUUUGAAAGUGACACGAAGCUCCAGACUUCCUACAGACUUUUCUGAAUAUUUCCGUUGAGCUUCGUUGGCGUUUUUGUUUGAACUGAUAGGAAAAGUUUGAGCUUUUUUUUUUUUUUUCCUUUUUCUUCUGUACUAGCGCUCACAACAAUAGAGAACAUGGAGGCAUUGUCAAGCUUCCGACCUCAUGCGGGACUUCAGCAAACUCUAAAGCAGUUCCACUUGAGCUCUAUGAGCUCGCUCGGCGGCCCGGCGGCUUUUUCGGCUCGCUGGCAGCACGACACACCUUUCGACAAGCAGGGGAAGAAGAACGCAGACCUGCCGCUGCUGCCUAGUCUGAGGAUCCAGGCGCCGUCGGUCCUGCCCGGGCCGCUGCUCGUCGCUGCGGAUCGCUCCACGGAGCGCUGCGAGACCGUGCUGGAGCGAGAGACCAUUUCGUGCUUCGUGGUGGGCGGCGAGAAGCGCCUGUGUUUGCCGCAGAUCCUGAACAGCGUGCUGCGAGACUUCAGCCUUCAGCAAAUCAACGCUGUUUGCGACGAGCUGCACAUCUACUGCUCGCGGUGCACGGCUGAGCAACUAGAGAUUCUGAAGAUCAUGGGCAUCUUGCCUUUCUCGGCACCUUCGUGCGGACUCAUCACGCAAACAGACGCCGAGCGCCUGUGCAACUCCUUACUGCACGGCGGUGCACUACCACCGCGCCCCGACAAGGAGCUCGCGUGUUCCUCCUCCUCCACCACCGAGCUCGAGUACACCGACCGGGCCUUUAAGGUGUACCACGAGUGUUUCGGCAAGUGCAAGGGUCUGUUCAUGCCCGAGCUGUACACGAGUCCGCACGCGGCGUGUAUUCAGUGCCUGGACUGCAGACUCAUAUUCCCCACGCAAAAGUUCGUGGUGCAUAGCCAUAAGCGCUUGGAGAACCGGACAUGCCAUUGGGGUUUCGACUCCUCCAACUGGAGGGCCUACAUCCUUUUGGAUCAAGAUUACGCUGAGAAAGAGGAGAAGGCCACACUGCAGCAGUUUCUCAACGAAUUAAAGGGGAAAUAUGACCUCGGGAACAAGCACAAGAGCUUAUCUUUCAGGGAAUAUAGUCCCAUUCCAAACAAGAAGUCCAAACAGGAGCCUUCAUGUUCCCCAUCCGAUGACAAAGAAAAGCAAGUGGAAUGGUUACAGUGUCUGGCAACAUCUGCAAACAAGGAUCUCAAGCAGGUUCAGAUCAAGCAGAGGCCAUCGGCAUUUCGGCCAUGGUCUCCUAGAGUCCCAUCCACUGAGAGAGCAGCUCCCCAUCACAAGCAUGAGAAAUCACUACCCAAAAAUCCAGAGAGUUUGGCAUCAUCCCCAGUCACUACGCAGAAGAACAAGCAGCCAGAGCAGUCUGGUGCAGGAGGCUCCCAGCCUGGCUAUAACCCCAAGUCAAGGCCAGCCAAGUGCUGGCCAUCUGGCGAGGACCAUGCACAGCCUGCAUCCUGCCUUGCUAAUCCCCCACAGUAUGACUCCAACUCAGAUGCAGAGAUCGAGGUAGACAACUUUGAUGAGGUGCCUUGCGGCCACACUUUUCCUAAUGGAGUGGUUAUGGAGCGGUAUGAGGGCAGGCACAGACGUACAGCUGCCCCUGGCUCAGAACUUGAAGCAGUGCAGCAGAUGCUGUACAGCAACCUGAGCUCUAGAGAGGCCAGAGAGAAGUUCCUGCAGGAGAUUGUGCAUAUGCAAGUUGAACAAGAGGAAAAGCUUAUAGCAGCUUUGCAGGCCAAGCAUAGCCUUCAGCAGGAACUAGAGUUUUUACGGGUGAGUAAGAAGGGGCGGUUGCGGGAGGCCAUUGAGGCUAAGCGUAACCUGCGAAAGGAGCUCGAGCGGCUGCGCACAGAAUGCGACAGAAAGGUGCAUGAUGCCAAUGAGUCGUGUGGAAGACUGAAAAGGGAGCUGGAGCAUGAGCGGCAGAUGCACGUGUGUGACAAGGGCUGUGAGCAAAACCAGCUGAGGGCCAAGUACUCUACCCAGAUAGAAGAGCUCCAGGUGAAGCUACAGCAAGCCGAGGCUGAUCGCGAUCAGCUGCGAGAGGAGCUGCUGCAAGAGCAUGAAGCUCGGCAAAGUCUGGAGCAAGUGGUGCUCCAGCUCCAGCAGCAGCUCGGCCAUAGCAACCAGAAACAAGGCCAACUUAGCCAACAGCAAUCGUAGCAAUCUGGAAGGACAUUGCAGAGUCAGAGGACACUUUGGAAAACAGCAUUACAGGAUUGCAUUACAGGUAUAUUUUUGGAGGCCUCAUUUUGAGAACAUGAGCAUGUGGUGGGGGAAAGAUUUAUGGGAGCAAAAUAUCUAAAUAUAUAUUAGCUAUACAUUUAUAGACAGUUGUGGAGAACAUAUGAGUGGUGUGUGAACAUCAUUCACAAAGCUGGUCCCACUUACACAAAGCCCUGAUCUUAACCAUGAUGACAGUCCACAUGCUCUCAAAUCAGUGAAGAGGACACUCUAAGAAGGCAGCAUCAUAUGGGACUAAUACCCUCUCAGUUAGCUUCUUAAGCUAAUCCAUUGAAUUUAUAAUGUUAUAAGCUAUUUAACAAAGAUACUUGAAAAUAUAGUGAAAAUCGCUGCCAGGGAAAAAAGGAGAUUUUUCUGGCAGUGAGAUUACAGUAGCAGAUAGAUGACCUGAUCUAUAAAAAGGCAAAAAGCCAUUACAAAGCCAGAUUAUACACGAGACACACAUCACUACAUCUUAUGUUUAUGAUGCUUGUUUUUAUGUUACAUUUUGUUUUAUCCAAAUAAUUUGCAUAAGCAACAGUGCUAUGUAAGUCAUGGGUGGGCUUUCAUAUAAACAUGUAGUUUCUCUCUCGCUCUCUUUAUAUUUUUGAAUAUCUUUCAGUAUAUUUAAAACCCCUAUACUGUUAUUUUACAAAUUUAUUUUUGUCAACUAAUAAUUAUUCCUACUUCCAAUGUCUUUUGCAAGUAUUUUAUUCUGUACGACUCUUGCUUCUGUUAAAAUGAACAGUAUUGUGUAGGAUUUGAUAAGUAUUUUGUGAACAGUGUUGCUGCGAUCUGUUUCAGAAGAACCAAAACCUGUUUUUGUCUGGUGCAUAAUCGGCGAUAGCAAAUCUCAUUCAAGUGUCCAUUUUAGUCACUGGUUCUUAGGGCUUGUUUAUGAAAAAAAAAAUGUUUGACAAUAACAUUUUUACUUAUUUACAAAAUAUGUGUAUAUAUAUAUUUUUUUACUCUACCAAAAAAGAAAUUGCACUUUGGAAAAGAGAAAUGUACUCUUGUACAAUGCACAAUUGUGCAUUUUAUGCCCUCUAAUGUUGUUUUUCAAGUUUCAAGCAAGAGCUGGUUUAAAAAAUGCUUUCAUACUUUUGCUACUUAAUGUAAAUAACAUUACACGUUAGAGGAUAAUUAUUGUAAAUAAGCUUGGCUUUACUUGUUAAUGCUCACCUAUUGCUUUUGCUCUUAAACAAUAUAUUCUAUAUGAAUCUUACAUUUUCAUUUAAAGGGCAUUUAAUGUAUAAAAUUCUUAUAACAUAAUGUGGGGGAAAUGUUAGGUAAUCACAGUCAUGUAAAAAAAAAAAAAAAAAAAAAGUUUAAAAAGUAUACCUCAUGGAAAUUGUUGGCUUUUUUGACAUAUUUGGGCAAGUAAACAUUUCAGCAUCUUUGAAACAGUGCCUAUUAAUGAAGCUGAUAUAUACUCAGCAAAAAAAAAAAACAUGCUCUUACAUUCAACUGCUUUUAUAUCCAACAAAUUUCUUAACAUGUGUAAAUAUUUGUAUUAACAUAAAAACUUUCAACAACUAAGACAUAAACUGAACAAGUUUCACAGACAUUUGAUGAACAGAAAUGGAAUGAUGAGUCCCUGAACAAGGUGUGUGUGUGUGUGUGGGGGGGGGGGGGGG